AUGGCUGACACUGACGCAAUGUUUAAGCGGAUCAUGGACUCAGAAGGGGUAUUUUACAAGUUGCAACAGCGGGGUGAUCCUGAUUUAACUGAGGAAGAGAAGAACGAUAUUACGUUUUACAGAAUAAUUCUUCGCGAGUUGUUUGAAAAAAAACCACGCAUAUUUAUUAGCCGCUACUUCUCAUACCUUUUACCAGAGGAUUGCCAUUUGUUCAGUGGUGAAGAUUAUGACAUAUCCUUUUAUAUUAAAAAAAUUACCGAGAACCAAAAUGGGACUGAAGAUGUAGGCUAUUCGCAUUGGCUGCUUUUGCAAAUUUACUUUUUAAAGGUAAAAACAAAACGAAAUGUUCGCUUUGCUGAGUUAGAACGUUUAAAGAAAGAAAGUGACUAUUUCUCCUAUGCAAAAAUGCGUGAGCGUGAACCGCUUCUAUUCGACAGAAUGAUUGGAAGGUUUCUUCCUGAAGAAGAGCAGUUUUUUCUGCGCCCAACUAUUGAGAACGAGUCCUUAUCGGGAUUGCUUAUGCAGUUUGAAGAUUCACAAGUAGUAUCUGAUCGGCGCAAGAUGCAGGUUGAGGAAGAUGCAUUUGGAUUUCAGUUAAUUCGUCGUUUAUGGUGUGGAAUACCAUUUAAAAUCGUUUCUUGGUCUUUAACUGCUGCUGCUGCUCGACAGGGGCUCUGUAACGAGCUGGUGAUAAUUGUUUAUGGUAACCUAAGUGAGAUGAAAUUUUACUUGAUGUUUUUUUACAGUUCAUUCACACAGGUAUACUCUAAUCUUGAAUUUAAGAGCCAGAAUGGAGCGGAUAUCAGCCCUUCAACAGUGAAAUUUGAAAAGAUGGCAUUACAUGCAGAAUGCAGGCAGUCUCCCGAGGAUGAAGUUCAAGAAGAACUUGAGGGGGAAAUUGGGUCGCUAAGUUUGAAUUCCGAAACUUCAAGGACAUGUCAUGAAGAAAUGAUGGUCGAUUCUGAAAAUGAGUUGGAUGAGGAGCAAUUAAAGAGCGAGUUUAUUGAUUUUAUGGAACAGAAGUUUUUAAGAGGUUGGAUUUUAAAUAACAUCUUUACAGAUUUGCGCUGCUUUUUUUUUUCUGCAAACACGAGGUCGAAAUAUGUCAGAAGCGUCUUUUUGGCAAAUUCAUGA